ACGCUUCAGUGGUCCAUUCCUACAACAACAUUUUUGUAGUUUCACUUCUGAAGCAAAGAUGUGGAAGGCUAUUUUUCCUUUUCUGGCCGCUCUUUUUGUUGGGUUAUCUUGUAUUCCUGGGGGCAUAAAUAAGAUAGAAGAUGCAGAAAAUGAUGAGAUGUUUCAGACAGCGUUGAAGUUUGCUGUCGUCCAACACAACAAUGGCACCAAUGACACGGUCCUCUACCAGGUUGUUAAGGUGGUUUCAGCUGAGGUUCAGGUGGUAGCGGGGUUCAAACACAUCAUGACUGUGAUUUUGGGAAGAACCAAUUGUGAGAAGGAGGCACCAGCAGAUAACUGUGGCAUUCACAAAGAGCCAGGAUUCGCUCGGCAUCACCGGUGCAAAUUUGAAGUGUGGAGUCGCUCAUGGCUUAAUGAUACCCAGCUAAUAUCAGAUAAAUGUGACAGUAUUGAACGUGCUACAGAAUGAAAAACUCUUUCCUCUAGAAUAUUUGCAAACAGUUACUACCUUUACACCCUCUCAAGGUCACUUCUGUCAAUGCUGCCAAACAACUUUCAAACUUUUGGACCUCAACAAAGAUCUGUAUUGUGAAAUGCAAAACAAAUGUAUCACUAUGAAAGGAUUCAUUAACAAAACAAAAUCUAAAUUGUUUUCAAUAAAGUAAGAUUUGAACUUCUUUGAA